AUGUCCUCCCCUGCGUCUCGCCGGACCCGUCAAUCGAGGGACUCGGCCACUGCCUCCCCUGCCCGCUCAACACGGUCUCGCCAGCAACAGGAGCAAACCACCCCGCGAGCAUCGAGACGUCUGAGAGAAGAAUCAGCAAUGCCGGCAUCGUCUCCCAUUUUCUUCCAAUCCUCCCCGUCCAGAGGAAACGACGACAGCGCCGAGACACCGGAUAUUAGAAUGGAUGAACCUGGUGAUGCGACACCCCGAGGGAACGCAUCAACCGUACGAGAGUCUUCCCCCAUUCAAUACAUGCCCAGUUCAAGCCCGACACGCGCUCAAAGCCGGGGUCUGCACUCCGACAGCAGUGGACUUUUCGUUUCUUCAAGAUCCGCUACGGGUGGUAACCGCGGCGUCUCGCGCCGCAACGAUCUGAAUUCUGGCGGGAUUAGUUCCACCCCAAGCCGUCGUCGAAGACUGUUUGUCGAUAGCAAUGGAAUGCCUGUUCCUGAUGGGGAGCCUCAAUCUGACGCGACUUUUUCGAACAUCAACCCUGGUACUUCAGAGGCCGAUGUCCUAGGCGGCGAUUCAACCCGGAUUAUCUGGGGUACGAACAUCGCGCUACAAGAUUCCAUCAACGCCUUCAAGAACUUCCUCUACAAUUACGCCACCAAGUACCGUCUGUGGGCAGAGGGUGCGACGGAAGACGAGACCCGUAUAAUGGGGGACCCUGCAGAGGAGAGGGAAUACAUCACCAUGCUCAAUACCAUGCGUCAAUUGGGUGUCACCAGUCUCAACCUAGAUGCUAAGAACCUCAAGGCAUAUCCGUCAACGUUGAAACUGUGGCACCAGCUUCAUUCCUACCCUCAGGAAAUUAUUCCCUUGAUGGAUCAGGGCGUUAAGGAUGUGAUGGUCGAUCUAGCAGGGAGGGAAAUGAACCAGUUGCGAGCACGCAACCGCCCCCAAGCUCAUGCAAGAGAUGCAGGCUCCGACGCUCAGCCAGAGAUCCCCGACCUCGUUGCAGAAGUCGAGACCAGGAUCUACAAGGUUUUGCCGUUUGGACUCGAUUCUACGGUGAACAUGAGAGAGCUUGACCCAGCGGAUAUGGACAAGCUGGUGAGCAUCAAAGGCUUGGUUAUUCGGACCACCCCUAUCAUUCCGGAUAUGAAAGAGGCAUUCUUCCGCUGCCAGAUGUGUAACCACGGUGCUCAGGUCGACAUUGACCGUGGCAAGAUUGCGGAGCCCACCAUUUGCCCGCGUCAGGUUUGCCAGGCGAGAAACUCGAUGCAGAUCAUCCACAACCGGUGUUCUUUUGCCGACAAACAGGUUAUCAAACUACAAGAGACCCCCGACAACGUCCCUGACGGUCAAACUCCCCACUCGGUCUCGCUGUGCGUGUACGACGAACUGGUGGACAUUUGCAAGGCUGGUGAUCGCGUGGAGGUGACUGGUAUCUUCCGGUGCAAUCCUGUGCGGGUGAACCCGCGGCAGCGCACACAGAGAGCACUGUUCAAGACGUAUAUCGAUGUGCUACACGUCCAAAAGACGGACCGCAAGAAGCUUGGUAUCGAUGUGUCGACUGUCGAGGAGGAAUUGCAGGAUCAGACCGCUGGUGAUUUCGAACAGACACGCAAGAUUACCGCAGAAGAAGAAGAGAAGAUCAGACGUACCGCCUCGCGACCUGAUAUCUAUGAGCUUCUCUCUCGUUCGCUGGCCCCGAGUAUCUACGAAAUGGAUGAUGUGAAGAAGGGUAUCCUUCUCCAGAUGUUUGGAGGCACCAACAAGACUUUUCAAAAAGGUGGCAACCCGCGGUAUCGUGGUGAUAUCAACAUCCUUCUGUGUGGUGACCCGUCGACAUCCAAGUCGCAACUCCUCCGAUAUGUCCACAAGAUCGCUCCCCGUGGUGUCUACACCAGUGGUAAGGGUUCUUCGGCAGUUGGUCUGACAGCCUACGUGACCCGUGACCCGGAAACCCGCCAGAUGGUCCUCGAGUCUGGUGCCUUGGUCCUUUCGGACGGUGGUGUUUGCUGUAUUGAUGAGUUCGACAAGAUGAAUGAGUCUACGCGGUCCGUCCUGCACGAAGUCAUGGAACAGCAGACUGUUUCCAUUGCCAAGGCAGGUAUCAUUACGACCCUGAACGCGCGAACCAGUAUUCUGGCCUCUGCGAACCCUAUUGGCAGUAAAUACAAUCCCAACAUCCCUGUUCCGCAGAACAUCGACCUGCCUCCGACAUUGUUGUCUCGUUUCGACCUGGUGUAUCUCGUCCUGGACCGUGCUGAUGAGCAAGAGGACCGCCGUUUGGCGAAGCACUUGGUCAACAUGUACUUGGAGGACAGACCCGACAACGCGAGUGAUGAGGAGAUUUUGCCCAUUGAAUUCCUGACGGCCUACAUCACUUACGCCAGAAACAAAGUGAAUCCCGUCCUUACGCCAGCGGCAGGCCGGGUGCUCUCAGACGCCUACGUGAGCAUGCGAAAACUGGGCGAUGACAUCCGCACAUCAGACCGCCGUAUCACCGCCACGACCCGCCAACUAGAAUCCAUGAUUCGACUGGCAGAAGCCCACGCGCGUAUGCGUCUGUCCGAGGAGGUGACCGCCGACGACGUUGAAGAAGCCGUUCGUCUGAUCCGCUCGGCUAUCAAGCAGUCGGCCACUGACCAGCGCACCGGUCUCAUCGACAUGGGUCUGCUCACCGAGGGCACAAGUGCCAGUGAGCGUCGCCAGCGCGACGCCCUGAAGCGCGGUCUACUAUCUGUGGUGGAUGAGCUCGGCAGCGGCAGCGGCUCUGCCCGGUGGGCGGAGGCAUACAAGGUCCUCAGCGACCAGAGCAGUGUUCCUGUGGAUGGCGGCGAGUUUGCAGACGCUGUGCGAGCCCUGGAAACCGAGGGCGUUCUGAGCGUUGUUGGCGACGAGUACUACUGGUACUACAUCGCCUACGACGAAUUGAAAAAAGCCCUCAAGACCGACUUCGUCCAGGAACCAACCCCCGAAAACACAAAACCAGACCGCAAAGCAUGGUCCGAAGAUGACGAGCAGCGCUUCGUCUCCCUGCUCGAGAACGAUCUCGACAAGGUUUUCAACUUCCAGGGGAUCAAGAGUGAGGAGAUCGUUCGGCGCAUCCAGGCCAGCGAAAAGGACGUGAACGAUGUCAUCUCAAGGCUGGACAGUAAUCGCAAUCAGUCUGGAGCUCGUCGCUCGAGUGUCCGGUCUGUUACGCGUCCGCCUCCGUCCGAUGAGGAUUUUCUGUUCCUGGAGCAGGUCUUGAGUGACAUCAUAGCCGAUGUUCAUGAUCUGGCUAAAUUCACCCAGUUGAAUUAUACUGGGUUUCAGAAGAUUAUCAAGAAGCAUGAUCACCUCCCCGUUCUUGUUUUUAAUCCUAGCAAGGAAUUCGAAGAAAAAGAUACCGCGAUCUCGUCCAUAUACUAUGACAAUACCGAUACUUGGGAGCUAUACCAGGGUCGUCUCAAGAAGACAGAAGGAGCCGAGGCGAUUCGUUUACGUUGGUAUGGAGGCAUGGAGAGCGAUCAGAUUUUCGUCGAACGGAAGACACAUCGCGAAGACUGGACCGGCGAGAAGUCAGUCAAGGCGCGUUUCGCGCUCAAAGAGAAGCAUGUCAACGCUUUCCUCGAGGGUCGUAUGACCGUGGACGCCGUCUUUGACAAGAUGCGCAAGGAAGGGAAGAAGAGUGAACAGGAGAUUGCCGAUCUGGAGCAAUUGGCCCGAGAGAUCCAGUAUCGCGUCAUCACAAGAAGGCUGGUACCCGUUACCCGGUCCUUCUACCAUCGAACGGCUUUCCAGCUUCCUGGUGAUGCUCGUGUUCGUAUCUCGCUCGAUACCGAGUUGACCAUGGACCGGGAAGACAAUAUUGGGCGCCGACGUUCAGGAAACAACUGGCGUCGCAUGGACAUCGGGGUCGACUAUCCAUUCAGGCAGCUCCCUCCUGAGGACGUUGAACGAUUCCCUUAUGCCGUGUUGGAAGUAAAACUUCAAACCCAAGCCGGACAGGAGCCCCCGCAAUGGAUCAAGGACCUGACUGCCAGCCAUCUGGUUGAAGCUGUUCCUAAAUACAGUAAAUUCAUCCAUGGGACGGCCGCCCUCUUCCCUGACCAUAUCAAUCUCUUGCCAUUCUGGAUGCCGCAGAUGGACGUCGAUAUUCGGAAACCCGCAACACGCCGCUUUGGUAUCCAGCGGCCAUUGGCAAGCACAUCAAUGUCUGGCAACGACGAAACCCAGGAUGAUGAGGAGUCGGACGAUGACUCGGGUGAAGCACAGGAGAACGACAGGCGCAGACUGGAAGAUCAACCCAAUGGAGAUGGACUUGGGUUAUUUGCUGACACCGAUGGAAAUGCGCUUGACAUCGAGGAACGUGUUGCCGCACAGCCGCUACCCGGUGAUGAAGAUUAUCCACUGUAUGACUCGGAUGACGAUUUCAUGGACACAGACGAGCUGGAAGAAGCUAGAAGAGUGGGAGGAAGAUAUUAUUACCAGAAGCUGCUCCAGUACUAUGCCGAGCGGGCUGGAAACGCAGUGGUAAACGGUCUCAAGGCCAUUAUUCCGCGGCCGACGCCGACAAGUAUGCCUCCUCCCGAGCAGCGUGGAAUCAUGGUUCUUGGAGAUCGACGGACAGUCAUGAGAUUCGAGGCACCCAAGGGUAAACGUAUCCAUGUGCCUAUCCGUGUCGAACCCAAGGUCUACUUUGCAGCAGAGCGAACAUUCCUGUCAUGGCUCGAAUUCUCCAUCAUCCUGGGCACUAUUUCGGCCGCCCUGCUCAACUUUGGCGAGGACUACAUCACCCUGAGCUCAUCCUGGGCAUUCACCAUCUUAGCCGCAUCGGCCCUCUUGUACAGUCUCGUGUUGUAUAUCUGGCGUGUGGACAAAAUCCGCAAGCGCCGCGACGUCAAGCGUGUGUACUAUGAAAAAUGGGGCCCUACUGUUCUGGGCGUAGGUCUUAUAUUGGCGGUCCUGACGAACUUUGCAUUGCGCGUUCGACAGGAUGGAUUCAUGGCGCCGGACCAUGAUUUUGGAAAGGGGGGAUAUGGUCGGGUAGGAGACGAGUUAUGA